CUCAGCAUUUGAUCUACCCUUGGGUUUGAGCUCUUAGCCAGCAUGCCUGCCGAUUACAAUGGAACGUGGGAAAUGGAAUCCAAUGAAAACUUCGACAGUUACAUGGUUGCCUUAGGCAUUGAUUUUGCCACUCGUAAGAUUGCAGGACACUUGAAACAAACGAAGAAAAUUAUUCAAGAUGGAGACAAUUUUAAGACAAAAACACUGAGCACUUUCAGAAACUAUGAACUGAAUUAUACUGUGGGAGUGGAGUUUGAAGAACAUACCAAGGGGCUUGACAACCGAGUUGUGCAGACGCUAGUGAAUUGGGAUGGUGAUAAAUUAGUAUGUGUCCAGAAGGGGGAGAAGAAAAACAGAGGCUGGACACACUGGAUUGAAGGAGAUAGACUGCAUUUGGAGCUGACGUGUGAAGACCAGAUGUGCCAUCAAGUAUUUAAGAAGAAAAAGUAAGCUGACCAGAAAGUCCAACUGGUUUCACAUGUGCUAUUAUGGUUUUUUAAAAGCUAUGUAAUGACUGCUUGACACUGCCAUGUAAGUGCAUUUCUGUGCACUGUUAACUAAGACAAACACAUCCUUUAACACUAACAUGGAAACACUUCUGUAUGUUUUAAGGUCUUUUGCCUU